GCGCCGGUCACGUGGGCCGCGCGGCGCGGCAGCUGCGCGGCGGAGACGGGGGCGGCGGCCGCGCGGGUCUGGCGGGACCGGCUUUGGAGAGUGUGCCGCCCAGCAGGUUGCCAUGGCUGCUGUUGACAGCUUCUACCUCUUGUACCGGGAAAUUGCCAGGUCUUGCAACUGUUACAUGGAAGCUCUGGCUUUGGUUGGAGCCUGGUAUACGGCCAGAAAGAGCAUCACCGUCAUCUGCGACUUUUACAGCCUGAUCAGGCUGCAUUUUAUCCCUCGUCUGGGGAGCCGAGCAGACUUGAUCAAGCAGUACGGAAGAUGGGCCGUCGUCAGUGGUGCCACAGAUGGGAUUGGAAAAGCCUACGCUGAAGAGUUAGCGAGCCGGGGUCUCAACAUCAUCCUGAUCAGCAGGAACCAAGAGAAGCUGCAGACUGUUGCUAAAGACAUCACCGACACCUACAGAGUGGAAACCGACAUCAUAGUUGCGGACUUCAGCAGGGGCCGGGAGAUCUACGUUCCGAUUCGAGAAGCCCUGAAAGACAGAGACGUUGGCAUCUUGGUUAAUAAUGUGGGCGUGUUCUAUCCCUACCCCCAGUAUUUCACUCAGGUCUCCGAGGACAAACUCUGGGAUCUCAUAAAUGUGAAUAUUGCCGCUGCUAGUUUGAUGGUCCAUAUAGUGUUACCGGGCAUGGUGGAGAGAAAGAAGGGUGCCAUCGUCACCAUCUCAUCUGGCUCCUGCUGCAAGCCCACUCCCCAGCUGGCUGCGUUCUCUGCUUCUAAGGCUUAUUUAGACCACUUCAGCAGAGCAUUGCAGUAUGAAUACGCUUCUAAAGGAAUCUUCGUGCAGAGUCUCAUCCCGUUCUGUGUAGCUACCAACAUGACUGUAUCUAGCAGCUUCCUGCAUAAAUGCCCCUGGUUGGUGCCUUCGCCCAAAGUGUACGCACAUCAUGCUGUUUCUACCCUUGGGAUUUCGAAAAGGACCACAGGAUACUGGUCCCAUUCUAUUCAGUUUCUUUUUGCACAGUAUAUGCCCGAAUGGCUGUGGGUGUGGGGAGUGAAUAUUCUCAACCGUUCAUUACGUAAGGAGGCCUUAUCCCGCAAAGCGUGAAUCUGAGUGCUCGUUUGAGAAGUUUCGCCAGCUCUUGGGAAUCUACAGUAUUCUGACAUUUGGAAAAACAUAUUUAAUUUAUCUUAUGUAUUUUCUUUUAUUACUGAUUAUUUAGCAUACUGUUGAUUCAUCAUUUGUAAAGCAAGCAUAAUACUUUCAGAAAGUGCCGUGAGAAACCUCAAGGGACAUGUGGACCGCACAAGAGUCAGUAACAGCCGAGGCAUAGGAGCUGACUGAGGAAACGUAAAUUAAUUUCCAUGCUUUUUUCCUAAGCUAGUCAAACAUUGUAAAAUUUAUGUUGUUCUAGGAGCCACGGCAAUCUAAUAUUGAAAUAUACUUAUGACUCGUCAGCUCUUAAAAUUUCAGAUUUUUUUUUUAAGGAAAACGGCCUGUUUCACUGGAUGAAUUAUGGUUUUCAAAUGUUCAUGGGAAAAGACUAUUGAGAGUGUUAUUUUUAACUAAGAUUGCUGAUAUUAGCCGUAAAAAUCUGUGUGUAUUAUAUUGCAUAGCUCUAGUUGUUUGUUAUGAAAAUGCUGCACUUCAAUUGAUAUUUCAUUAGAGAACUCUGUGUGUGUGUAUGUGUGUGUGUGUGUUUGUGUGUGUGCGUGCAACUUUAUGGUUACAUUACAAAGAAUUUUUUGUCAAGAUGACUUAACAUGGAAACUUAUGGGGUAUUAAAAAUCUAGAUUAUUCCUUUUAAUACUAAACAAGCCUACCAAAUUUUGUGCUAUAGGUUUGCCAUGUAUAAUAUUACUUACUACAUUAUGGUUUGGGUUUUUCCCCCAAAUCUAUGGAAUGAAUUCAUUCCUCGAUUUGGAUAUGUAAUGGGUAACCCACAGUCAUCUUUUGAUUUAUAAAAUAAUUAUUGUGGAUAAGUAGUGAUUUCUCAGCCUGUGACCCAUUUUAUAACUGAAAUUUAGCCCUGUAGAGCUUGUUAUAUCUGGUUUUCAUACAUUUUUCUAUGUAAUAUUCCAUUCCAGUAGCAUUAUUAAUAUAAACAUCAAGUAUUUAUGGAAUAGUAGUUAAAAUUGUAGGACAACUUGUGUGUGUGAUAUGAUGUACUGUCAGAAUAAUAAGUUAGAAGCUCAUUCUUGGUUCAUGUAAUGAAUUUAUGCAUUAUAGUGAAUAUUUUAUUGGUGUGAAGAUAAUAUGCACAAACCCCCACAAUGUGGGUUAGCAUUGAAACCUACUGUGAAACGUCUUUAGUUCAGGUCCUGUAAAACCAACCAUUUUUGAGGAGCACAUACCUAGUGCUUUGACAUCUGUAAAUCACUAUAUGAAUAUGACAGUAUGUGCCUAUUUAAAAUUCAGAGCUUAGCAUUGUGAUGCUUAUGCCGCAGCUAGUAAGUUGGUUGAAAGCCUGGACUCCUAGGCAUCGUUUUCUCGUGAGGUGAUGUUCUGUUACGAGCAGGCCUUAGCACACUUUUAUGUUACGCACACAGUUUUCCCCGGGAUAUUGCCUACAGUAUUUCCAGAUGUGACUUGGCUUAGAUUAGUGGUCAACCUCAGAAGCUCUUCCACUCAUGGAUCAUGUCUUCAAAACAUAAGAUGUAAAAAACUACACACUUGGAGAUACUGUGUAACACCAAAGGUUUGAUGGAGUUAUCUUGGAAUCCUCUUGACUUCAUGCCACAUUGACAUGACUGUAACUGAUGUGUAACACACAGUAGCAACUUCAUGUAAAAAUAUUGCCAGAUAGUUAUAUGUAAGGUUAUAUGGUCCAGUAAUGUCUUAGAUUUAUAAAUUUGUUAUGGAAUCAUUGUAAUGUGAUGAGAAUAAGUAAACACACCUUGUCAGUGAUGUUUUAAAAUUCUCCCCUUGGGAGGACAUAGGUAAACGUGCUUAAUUGGUAAAAAUGUGGUGCAAAGUUGUCCGUAGCUUUAGUGAAAUAUCAAGACUGAGAAUUCCGUUAGGUUUUCUAGCUUUCAGAAAAUGUUCCCCCCCACCCCCAGAGUUCAUCUGAAAGAUAAUUGGAUCACUGUGGACAGGGUUUUUGAUUAAGAAUGUGGGAAAUGUGAACCUUUGAAAAUUAAUAUGUGAAUUGAAAAUUUAACAGUAAAAGCAGUUGCUUCUGUUUCCUUUGGAAGAGGUUUUAUUCCAAAUGUUUGUAAAUUGGUUGUUUGGAAUGAGAGAUACGUUUUUCCUCUCAUAGAAUGAUUACAAAAAAUUAACUUGUGAACACCUGUGGUCAUAAUUCAUUAAAAGCUGAUACUUUAGUAACACACAA